UCAAAACAACAACAAAAGACAAAGCGGGCUUCCCAUCUCUUAGUUAUUGGCUCGGUUUUCCUCUGGUUUUCCUCUGGUCUAUCCUACCCCAUCCAUCUAUUCUCUCAUCCUUAGAAAGGCUGUCUGGAUUGACUCAAUUCCGUCCUCACUCGACCAUUAAUUUUCGUACCCUUGGAAUCUAUUCUGGGUUGUUUGGCAUUUGUAUUGCUGCGGUUAUUAUUAUUCGUUGAUCAUGGGUCGACGUAAAUCGAAGAGGACAGCCGGUCCCAAACGGAAAAACUUGGAGGCCUUGGACGUGCUCUUCAAUUGUCCAUUCUGCAACCACGAACGGUCGUGUGAGGUCAAAAUGGAGAAGACAAAAAACACGGGACGCAUUCAGUGCAACAUCUGUCUCGAAGACUUUCAAGCCACUAUCAACGUACUCUCCGAACCUAUUGACGUGUAUAACGAGUGGAUAGACGCAUGCGAAGCCGCCAAUCAAUGAUGCAAAAUCCAUUCCCAUUUUCAUCUCCCCUUUUCAAAGAGCCCCCGAUGCUCCAGAUGCCAUCGAUUCCUUACAGGGGCUUCAUAUCAAUGUAUUCAUUAAAAAUGUGACCAAAGA